AUGGAACGGCUCAUGGCGAAACGGAAGCAGGGAAAGGAGGCCCAAGUCGUAGGGGCGAAGGGGGAGGUCGUGUCCAGUUCUGGAAGGAAGCGGGGGAAGCAGCGCCAGGGGACCGUUUUGAUUCCAGAAAACGAAACCGAAGAUUGGUGCGAAGGUCCACUGAAGCUGCCAAAUUCUAUCUUGGAUGGUUGCGAGUCGUCAUUUAAAGCUGCGGAUGAACAGCGAGAAAAGGCGAGUACGAAGUUCUUCGACGACACGGCGCUGAUGGCACUUGUAUGUCGUCACGAUCGCGUCUUGUGGUUGGCCAACAUGACCAGCGCUGGUGAACGUCAACACUAUGCUAUCGCACUGCUCGACAAGUUCUUCCGUCACGUACCAGCGACGUUCCGCAUUGGCGUCCUGUACGACAUCGGAUGUCAAUUACAUCGCAGCUGCUACAAGUGGGACCUCCUUCCGGAGUAUCGUGACCGCAUCGUGUUUGGAAUAUCUGUCUUUCAUGCGUACGGUCAUCAAUGGGCGUGUCAAAUCACGUAUCACCCGCGGAAAUGCGAGUGCUUUGGAUUGACAGAUGGGGAAGGGUGUGAACGUGUAUGGAGCGCUUUGGAUCAUCUGGUUCCUGGGUUGCGUGUCAGCGGUUACUGGCAACGACUCUACGUGAUCGACAGUCAGAUCCACCAUCUGGAUUGCUUACACCGCCGCGCGGUUGGCGAAUGGCUUGUUCGGAAGUACGAGGCCGCGCGCGGCCGCUUGAUCGAGGCUGAAACGGGGCUGCGAGAAUGCGGCAUGAAAAUGGAGAUUCUGCGGGGUCAAUGGGAGUUACAGCAAAUUGCUCAGACGCGGCCAUCUCAAAGGCAAACUCAGGACGCCGGCACGAAGACCAUCGAUUUGAUCCUUGCGCUGCAAGAUCAGAUACGGAUCCUGGACGCCAACCUCGCAAAGAUCGAGCGAUCGAUUAUGAAGGGCAAAAACGACGCCAGCACGAUGUUAAGGCACGAAGAGCUACGAGACGAGCGCGGACGUGCGGCACUGAAGAAGAGUCGCCUGGAGGAUAGUCUCGAUUUGCGGAGCAGGCAGGACCUGCAAAGCCUGCGCAAGAAUCGGUAUUUGACGGUCCGCCUAAACGCCCGCGCACUGAAGAGGAGGAUUCGAGAUCGUCUCCGGCAACGCAAGUUCGAGUUCACAAGAAUGGAGCGCGCUGUGCGUACACAGUCGUCGGAGCGCAAGCUAGCGGCGCACACAACAAAUGCCGUACAUCGACGCGAACCCGGGAUUCAAUCAUGCGCACGCAGAUAUAAUGCGCUAUGCGCGGAGAUGGUGGCACUUAUCAAAGCGCGGCAAGCUCCCGUCAGGGCUGUUCCACCCAGCCCGAUCAAUUUGGAGAAAUUGUGGAGCCUUGACGUGGACGACGAUAUCUGGCAGGACAUCGGCCUCGCAGACGAAGAGGACGAGGACCGUGGGCCGCAGCUCUGGCUCCUCGACGAGAACGUGAAGAAUGGUAUUCGACACAUGCUGAGCGCGGACCGGUGCAAGGAGGAACUCGAUAGGAUCAUGGCAGAGCGAAGGAUCAUGCAGGUAUGGCUGCAGGAGGAAUGGAACGCUGUCGAGCAUGCGCUCGACGACGCCGACUUGUCUAACGGAUUACACGAUCAACUUUCGCUCUAUCGCAAAGAGCUGCUAGAGCUAGCUGUUACAUGGAGACGCGCCGUCUCCGCUAUCCCGACAGAUGAUCCGACCCUUAAUGUCUGGGGGCCAACAGAGAGCGAAAUGCGGGAGGAACUCGCGCGCAACUUCGAUUCUCCGCAACACAUUGUCAAGUCGUCCGUGUUGGACGCGCCUGACGACGACAAUGACGGCGAUGAAUCCGAGGACGGACAUGUGAGAGGGCUCGAGGAUGAGGCGAGUUGCGAUGAGGAUGUUGCUGCUCUAUACGAGCAGCUGGAAGCACUCCGCGUCAACGUGGAUGAGAUCGCAGAUGAUGUAUGGCAAUGGGACGAGCCAUCCACCCCACAGCUGAGUGUCGGCUCGCCCGGACCAAGAUCGUCAUCGUCAGGACCAUCGACGCCGAGGACACCAACGAGUCAUUUCCGAAACCAGGCCUUCCUCCGUCAAUCCCCUCUACCUUUAUCGCCUUUCGCCUUUGUCGAUGAUGAUGUCCGCAGACGACUAUUCGUGUCUGAGGCCUUGUCACCUGUACGGCCGUCAUCGCAAUUGGAGAUGUCAUCUCCAAUGAGUAGUGAUGUGUUCGGAAGCCCUUCCAAGCGCGCUCGGUAUAUGUGA